AUGAAUCUUGCUGCGCCGACUCUAACCACAGACGACCUCCCCCUGUCUGAGUCCGAGAGAAUAGCCUGCUCAGCCAAAUCAUGGGGUGGUCUCAAACCAGACAUUAUAUAUGGAUCACCGGAUCUUAUAUCCGAAGGUACGACAACCAAAGAGCGAGUCUUGUUCAAGGGCGGCCGACGUGUCAAGCGACGCAGAACACUCCGGUAUGACUGUUUCAUCUGCCCCGACGACCCCGACAGCGAGCUCUGA